AUGACAACGGAAAUAAACACAAAUGAAACACCGGAAAUAAACACAAAUGCAACACCACUUAAAAAAUUUAACGUUGGAAUACUUGGCUUUAAUUCGUCGAAUUUUCCGAAUUCUAUCUCGCAUCAAUACAUUACAAUUAAUAAUCACAUCCUUGAUAAAUAUAUUUCCUCAACGAAAGUAGCAAUUUCUAUCCAGUCAGCACUCAUGCAUGGUAGCUUCGAACACUUAAAAAAUGCGACAUUUGGUUUCGAUUUCGACACAGCCAAAAAAACUCAUUGGCAUGAGAACAUUCAGCAAAACUACUAG